GAAAGCAAGUGAGAACUGAAAACUACAAAUGAGAAAUGCACACGCAAUUAAUUAAUCAAAGAGCCAUCAUCGGAACGGCGAGAAAGGUCUCCACGAAAAGCAUUUGCCGGUAAGAAUACUGAUAAUCAUCGACGGGUCCCACUCCGGCGCCGGCUGAAAUGUCCCUCAGCAAAGACCGGCAAUAAGCCUUCAUCUUCUUCAACAUGCUCCAAUACUCCCACUUCACUCUCACUCUCCUCAAAAUCUUCACCAGAAACCGCCUCCGAGGCGCUUUCUCCCCUCCUCCUCCUCCUCCGAGCCUCACCGUCGGCAGCUUCCGCCGCCUUCGGAGAAAAAAGAUCCGCCGCCUCCCCGGGGCGGAGUUUGUGCCGUGGGCUACUGCGGGUUUAGUGAGGUGUAUGGAAAUCAGUAACUAUAACGGUUUAAGUCCUAAGCAGCCUGUUUUCAUACUUGAAGACAGCCUUGCUGCCGCCUGUUUGCUUAGUGGAACUACGAUACAUGCCACUGUCCGGAAAAGUUUGGUUGGAACUUUUGAGAAGCGAAUAAAGGAAGGGUCUGUGUAUGUCUUUGCCUAUUUUGGCAUCGGCAUUAGUAGUGGAAAUUAUCGGACCUCUCGACAUGAGUUCAGACUGAAUUUCCAACCAAGAACCACUGUAGCUGCAUGUAGCUGUGAGAGAAUACCUGUGCAUGGUCUUAAGUUGACUACUAUUUCAGAAAUAUUGCAGGCAGACUCAAACUACCCGUAUUUAGUUGACACUAUGGGGGUCCUAACUGCUGUGGGCAAGCAAAAAGAAAUUGUUAAAGAGUCCAAAAGGACAAAGAUGAUUGUGAUUCAGUUAGAAGCGGAUGGGGUGACGUUAGAUAUAACACUGUUUGGGGAGUACGUUGACAAGAUCAAAAGCUUCUUUGGGAGACAACCAUUGGAAAAUGUGAUCAUUGUGAUUCAGUAUGCAAAGGUGAAAACGUAUCAAGGAAAUGUAAAUUUGCAGAAUGUCAUGUACGGAACGCGUCUCCUGUUAAAUCCUGAAAUAGAAGAGGUUGUUGCAUUCAGACAAAGGAUUGUUGGUGUGCCAACGAACCGUCGACCUCUUGAGUUGCCCUGUGAUGACGUGACAGUUGUGCAGCAAAAUGAAUUUUUGGAUGCCACACAAAUGACGACAAUCUCUUUGCUGAAGGAUGGUAGUGAGGAUGGUACCUAUAUAGUGUACGCCACUGUUGUUUCUGUGAACAAUAUUGGGGAUUGGUUUUAUUUGGCUUGCAAGUGUAAUAGGGCUGUGAGAGCUGAUGGUACCAUGUACUAUUGCGCGUAUUGUGGGUGUCGUGUUAUGAAUGUCACCCCAAGGUAUCGAAUCAAGACAAGAGUUGUUGACACCACGGACAGUGCUACUUUCGUAGUACUUGAAAGCGUUGCAUGCUUGCUGCUCCAUAAAUCAUGUUCGGAGAUGUUGAAAUAUUCUGAGAAUCUGCCGAGUGGAGACAUAAAACCCGAUGUCUUUAAUAGACUCUUGAUAGAUAAGUCGUAUCUUUUUAAAGUUGAUAAUUUGAUUGAAGAUUGUGUGCAAUCAAAGGAUAAUCAGUUUGAACGACUAGAAGAUGAUAUCACCGACUCUAAUAUUGGCAAAAGAAUCGAAGAGGUUGAAUCUGAAUAUGCAGACGGUCAUGAACCGAGCAAGAAGAUGAAGACCAUUAAGAUUGAAAAAAUUUAAGACUAGAAGUAUUAAGUUAGAUGGAGUACUAUUUAGUUUUUGGGAUUUGAUUUACGUGUUAGACAUUUUAUAAUUUAUCAUUUUUGAUGACUUUGGUGUUUGAAAUUAAAAAUUAGAAAUUUUCAUUCAUUUUGUUUUUUUAAAUAAGAUUGCAUGUUUGAAUAAUUUAUACUCAGUUCAAUGUCAUUACACUCAUAUUUUAUACUUUGACCUGUUAUAUAGUUCAUAAUAUUCAUUAAUGUUACACUCAUAUUCUAUACUUUGAUGGAGUAUAUUACUAUAUUGAAUAAAUCAUUCAAUAUAAGUACAUCUUAAAGAAAUUACUAAUGGAGGU